AUGGCCGCUCCACUGGAUAUCCCCCACUACAAGCUCAAUGACGGCAACGAGAUUCCGGUUCUUGCUUUUGGUCUGGGAACUGCUCAGUACAAGAACGACCCCAACAGCGGGCUCGAUGCUCAUGUGAUUGACAUCACCACCAAGGCCAUUGGAGUCGGCUAUCGCCAUCUCGAUGGCGCCGAAGUUUACGGCAACGAGGAGGAACUUGGUCAGGCCAUCAAGGCGGGCGGCGUUCCCCGAGAGCAGCUCUUUGUCACCACCAAGAUCCCCGCCGAGAAGAAGGGUUCCGCCAUUGACUCGUUUGACGUCUCCCUCAAGAAGCUCGGCCUCGAUUACGUCGAUCUGUACCUGAUCCACGGUCCCUGGUUUGCCGAGACUGAUGAGGACCUACAGAAGCGCUGGGCUGAGCUCGAGCAGCUCCAGGCGUCUGGCCGUGUCAAGUCUAUCGGCGUGUCCAACUUCCUGCAGGUGCACCUCGAAGCCAUCCUCAAGACAGCCAAGGUCAAGCCCGCCAUCAACCAGAUCGAGUACCACCCCUAUCUCCAGCAUGGCGAUCUAGUUGCCUUCCACAAGAAGCACGGCAUUGCUGUGUCCUCCUACGGCCCCCUCACCCCUCUCGUGACGGCCAAGGGUGGUCCCGUCGACGGCCUUUACACCGAGUUGGCCAAGAAGUAUGGUGUCACAGAGUCUGAGAUCGGUCUGCGAUGGGUGAUCGAUCAAGACAUCAUUGCGCUCACAACGAGCAACAAGGUGGAGAGACUUGAGGGCUACCUGUCUAGACUUCCCAAGUUCAAGUUGACACCUGAGGAGAUUGCCGAGAUCUCCAGACUCGGAAGCCAAAAGCACUUCCGCGGAUUCUGGAAGAACAAGUUUGAUGAGAACGAUCGGUCCUAA